AUUCGCAAUUUGGUAAAAGUGUGAACGAACACUCGUGGACGACAAAAGAAGCUGCUUCAUCUCUCUCUCUCUCCUCUCUUCUCUUUCUCUCUCAACUCCAAUUCGUUGUUACCAGUUCGAAUCUGAACAAAGUUGGUUUUUUUAUUGGUACCCAGAAUCUCAAUUCUCCUUCUUUCUUUCUGGGUAUAUGUAAAAAGUUUUGCUUUUUUUUUUUUUUAAUUUAUUUGUUUAUCCAAUCGUCCUCUGUUCAUUGAUUUUACAAUAGGAUUGAAAGGGUGUGUUUAUUUAUUUAUUUUGGAUUACUGAUCUUUGGGAAAAAUUGAGUGGAGGAGGAGGAGGAGGAGGAGAUGGGUUGUUUCUCGUGUUUUGAUUCGAGUGAUGACGAGAAGCUGAAUCCAGUUGAGGAAUCUAAUGGUCAGAAGAAACAAUUACAACCGACAGUAUCUAAUAGCAUCUCUGGACUCCCUUCAGGUGGGGAGAAGCUUAGCUCAAAGAGUAAUGGAGGGUCAAAACGGGAGCUACUGCUUCCAAGGGAUGGGCUUAAUCAAAUUGCUGCUCAUACAUUUGCUUUCCGUGAGCUUGCUGCUGCAACUAUGAACUUCCAUCCUGACACUUUCUUAGGUGAAGGUGGAUUUGGACGUGUCUACAAAGGAAGGCUUGAUAGCACCGGUCAGGUUGUUGCGGUUAAACAAUUGGACAGGAAUGGUCUACAAGGUAACAGAGAAUUUCUGGUAGAGGUUCUUAUGCUUAGCCUUCUUCAUCAUCCCAACUUAGUCAACCUUAUUGGUUACUGUGCUGAUGGAGAUCAACGCCUCUUGGUAUAUGAGUUUAUGCCUUUAGGAUCAUUGGAAGAUCACCUCCACGAUCUUCCACCGGAUAAGGAGGCCUUAGAUUGGAACAUGAGAAUGAAGAUAGCUGCUGGUGCGGCGAAAGGUUUGGAGUUCCUACAUGAUAAGGCAAACCCUCCGGUUAUUUAUAGAGAUUUUAAGUCAUCAAACAUUUUACUCGAUGAGGGUUUCCACCCGAAGCUUUCUGAUUUUGGGCUUGCUAAACUUGGACCAACCGGAGACAAAUCUCAUGUCUCAACUAGAGUCAUGGGCACUUAUGGUUAUUGUGCUCCCGAGUACGCAAUGACUGGA